AUGGCGAAGGCCACCUCGACACCGCCAGGCUGCGAGAAUGGACCCCGCGCCGAACAUGUCCGACCAAGCUGUGAUGUUUGUGAGAUGGCCGUUAUUGGCAUGUCUUGCAGCACAGCAGGAGUAGACGAUGUAGCCGAGUUAUGGGCGAUGCUCCACACACGUGGCUCUCAACACCGAACGGUACCAUGGGGUCGAUUAUGCAUUCUCGGUGACCGGUUCACAGACUGGCUUAUUGCGGGCAGAUCCAGCCACCACUUUGGUUGGAGCGGCCCGGCCAUGGCACUGGACACCGCAUGCUCAUCGUCUGGUCCUGCCCUCCAUCAAGCAUGCCGAGCAUUGGCAUAUGGCGAUUGUGAACAUAUCCUUUCUGUCAUCCGUGGUUCACAGACGCUGGGCUACAUGCCAAACCUGGCCGUUGACGUCUCAUGGACGCCCGUAGAUGACGCUGCUCGAGUGCUGGCUGAUCUAGCCGUAACAUCUGAACCUCUGCAUCCAGUCUACCACCUGAGCAAUUACAAGCGACAGCCACGGAGCGCCAUCGCUGCUUGGCUGGCAGAGAAUUUGAGGGUGUCUCCAUCAAGGGUGAUUCCAGUGGAUGGAGCUUGUGAAGGAACACGAAGGACCAUCGCAUGA